AGAACUACUAGAAAAUUUUUAAGUUUGAUUCUUCCACCUUCACUUACCUUAUCAUUCGAAAUGGCUCUUGGUACUAUCAGAUCCUACCUCAACAAUCCUCGUGUUGCUAAGGCUCAAAUUGCCGCUGAAUUGUCUGGCGCUGGUGAAUUCAACGUCGAGGCUUUUGAAAUUGCCAAGGAUGUCACCCCUGAAUUCUUGGCUAAGCAUCCUUUGGGUAAGGUUCCUGUCUUGGAAGCUCCCGAAGUUAACCUUUUCGAAUCCUCUGCUAUUGCUUACUAUGCUGCUGCUCAAAAGGAAAACAACCCCAUUCUUGGUUCUAGCGCCGUUGAAAAGGCUGAAAUUCUUCAAUGGAUUCUUUUCGCUGAAAACGAAAUCAACGCUCCUCUUGGUGCUUGGGUUUACCCUCUUUUAGGUUACAUGCAAUACAUGAAGCCUAACGUUGAUGCUGGUACUGAAAAGACCAAGAGAGCUCUCGGUGCUCUCAACAAGAUUCUCGAAUCCAAGACUUACCUCGUUGGUGAAGACAUCACCUUCGCUGAUAUUGCUGUUGUCACUUCUCUUGUCCUUGGUUUCAAGACUGUCUUUGAUAAGGCUUUCCGUGCUGAAUUCAAGAACGUUACCCGUUACUUCACCACUGUUGCUAGUAAGGCUGUCUUUAAGAAGUACCUCGGUGAAGUUGAACUCUGUGAAACUCCUCUCAAGUACACUCCUCCCAAGAAGGAAAAAAAGCCUGCUGCUCAACAACAACAACCCAAGAAGGAAAAGAAGGAAGAAGAAGCUCCCUUGGAAGAACCUAAGCCUGAAAAGAAGGCUAAGUCCAAGUUGGAUUUAUUACCUCCUUCUCCUUUCAUCUUGGAUGCUUGGAAGCGUGAAUACUCUAACAACGAUACCAAGGACGCUAUCAAAUGGUUCUGGGAACACUUCGAUCCUGAAGGUUUCUCUAUCUGGAGAGUCGAUUACAAGUACAAUGAUGAAUUGACUCAAACUUUCAUGUCCAACAAUUUGAUUGGUGGUUUCUACGCUCGUCUUGAACGUGCUCACAAGUACGCCUUUGCUUCCAUGAUCGUCCGUGGUAAGAACAACGAUAACACUAUCUCCGGUUACUUUGUUAUCCGUGGCCAAGAAAUUCCUUUCGAAAUCUACGAUGCUGCUGAUUUCGAAUCUUACAACUUCCAAAAGAUUGAACCUUCUCAAUACGAAGAAAAGAAGGAAGAAAUCUUCAAGUACUUUGCUUGGGACUUCGAGGACUGUGUUGAUGGUAAGGUCUUCAAAUAAAUAAUGUCGUUUAGUUGAUAAUAGUAAAUACGAAGAUAAGGGAAAUUAUUGCCAAUUAUGUUUCGCAAAAAAAGAGGGAAUCUCUUUGUCAUAAUAUUGAAAAAUAAAGCAUCUCAUAUAUGAUUAUCA